GCACCCCACCCUGCGCGGCGCGCCUGCCCGCCCAGAUUGCGGGGCCCCGCGGAAGGAAGUGUGGGCCGCGGCCAUCGCACUCGGAGGAGCCUGUCGCCCGCGGCCGCACUUGGGUGGCGUUAGGGCGUGUGCCAGACCCAGUUAGAGUAAGUGAGCAUGGCCGAGCAGGAACCCACAGCUGAGCAGCUAGCACAGAUUGCAGCCGAGAAUGAGGAGGACGAGCACUCGGUCAACUAUAAGCCCCCCGCCCAGAAGAGUAUCCAGGAGAUCCAGGAGCUGGACAAGGACGAUGAGAGUCUGCGCAAGUACAAGGAGGCCCUGUUGGGCCGUGUAGCUGUGUCUGCUGACCCCAACGUCCCCAAUGUUGUUGUGACCCGCCUGACCCUGGUGUGUAGCACAGCCCCCGGCCCCCUGGAGCUGGACCUGACAGGUGAUCUGGAGAGCUUCAAGAAGCAGUCCUUUGUGCUGAAGGAGGGCGUGGAGUACCGGAUAAAAAUUUCUUUCCGAGUGAACCGGGAGAUCGUGUCCGGCAUGAAGUACAUCCAGCACACGUACAGGAAAGGCGUCAAGAUUGACAAGACCGACUACAUGGUGGGGAGCUACGGGCCCCGGGCAGAGGAGUACGAGUUUCUGACGCCCAUGGAGGAGGCGCCCAAGGGCAUGCUGGCCCGAGGCAGCUACAACAUCAAGUCCCGCUUCACAGACGAUGACAAGACCGACCACCUGUCGUGGGAGUGGAGCCUCACCAUCAAGAAGGACUGGAAGGACUGAGCCCCGGGGGGCGGGCCUUCGGACAGACGGACGGACGGACGGACCUGUCUGACGCGCCCCACCCCCACCGCCCCCACCCCCUCCCA